AUGGAGCCGACAGCAUGCUCCGGAGAAGCUCGGACGCAAAGCCGGAGGUUCUUCUUCUGGGAAGCCGGCUCCCGCGGUCCGCAGAGCCUGGAGCUGCCUGGCGGUGUUAAGCUGUGGCAGGCGGCUUCCGGCGAGCGCCACUCGCUGCUGCUGGUGAGCAACAGUACCGUCCUCUCCUGCGGGGACAACGCCAAGGGACAACUGGGCCGGAGGGGCAUCCCCCGGCUGGAGCGUCCAGAACCUAUUCAGGCAUUGGAAACUCUGAAAGUCAAUUUCGUGAGCUGUGGAAAGGAGCACUCCCUGGUAGUUUGUCACAAAGGAAGGGUCUUUGCAUGGGGAGCCGGUUCUGAAGGGCAGCUGGGGAUUGGAGAAUUUAAGACAAUAUGUUUUAUACCUAAGAAAAUAAACGCUUUGGCUGGUAUAAAAAUAAUACAAGUUUCCUGUGGAUAUUACCACUCCCUGGCAUUAUCACAAGGUAAACAUGAAAGAAGUUUUGGAUAUAACUUUUUUGCUGAAAUUAAUCUGAUUCCUCCCCCUUUUAAACAGGAUGGUCAAGUUUUCACAUUUGGAGAUAAUAGCUGUGGACAGUUGGGAUAUAGCUCCACGGCUAAGAAGAGAGGUCCACAACGUGUAGAAAGACUUAAUGGUCCAGUUUCACAGAUAGAUUGUGGAAGCUACCACACUCUUGCAUAUGUCUACACCACUUGUCAAUUGAUAUCCUUUGGCUGCCGACCAACUCACACAAGCAGCUCAACUCAGCAAGAUGCCCCAACAAAGAAUUUUGAUGUUAACUGCCUGAUUUCUGCUGGUGACCUUGUGAAUGUUCAAGUGAAACACAUUUUUGCUGGAAUGAAUGCCGACUUUGUGACACUUUAUGAGGAUAAUAGUUUCACAAGUGUUCCCAAGAAAACCCUGCCAGAAAUAACACGAAGUAACCAGUCCCUGACAGAAAAAUGGAUAGCAGUGAAAAGAGGAAGUACAGAACAUGAAGAGGCUAAGAGUGAAAUUAGAGCGAUAUUUUCAUCUCCUGGUUGUCUGACUGCAAGUUUUUUAAAGAAAAGAGGAACUGGAGAAACUGCUACCAUUGGUGUGGAUUUAAAGAUGGCAAGAGAUACCUUCAGGAAGUUAAUAAAGGAAGAAUGGAUUUCUUUCCUGAUAACCACAAGUCUCAGGGAUAAUCUGCUCAGAAAUCUUCCAUUGUGUUCUCCCCACCAAGAGGCUUUAGAAGUUUUCCUCCUUCUCCCAGAAUGCCCUGCUAUGCAGAAUCAUAACAACUGGGCAAGCCUAGUGGUUCCAUUUGCAGAAGCUGUUUGUAAAAUGAGAGACCAAUCUUUACGGGUCCUGAAAAAAUGUUGGGCAACUUUGCCUAAAUCGUCUCUGAACACAUUGGUCCAGAUGCUCAAAACUGCCAUCAAUGGUCAAAUGACUUUUUGGAUUGAAAACAGUCAAAGUCACUAUAAUGUUAAAGCUCUUCUAAGAAUGAUGAAAGAAGUAUAUAAGGUAAACAAAGCUAACUCUCAACUGCCUGAAAAUGCUUUUAAUAUAGAUGAACUCUCCACAUGGCUCAACUUCUGUACAGAUAAAUUCAGACUAUGCUUACAAAAUAUGGGCCAGUUACCUAAAGAAAACUUCAGUCCAGUUGUUUUCAGUGCCUUUCCAUUUACCUUUAAUUUUCAUUCUAAAAUGAAAUUAUUGGCAGCGGAUUCAUUUUUUAAAAUGCAGUGGUCAAAAGAGCUAGCAUACCAUCAUUUGCUUCAAAUGGAAAUGCAAAAAAAGAAUGAAUUUCCUUCACCUCCUAAGUUUGUACUUAGAGUCAGACGGAGCCACCUGGUUGAAGAUACUUUGCGUCAGUUAAGCAAAGCUGAUGUCACUGACCUAUGUAAAGAAUUAGUGAUUGAAUUUAUUAAAGAAAUAGAUUAUCAAUCUAAAGGAGUCAGGUCAGAGUUCUUCCACUGUGUUUUUGAAGAAAUGACUAGACCAGAAUAUGGGAUGUUCAUGUAUCCUGAAGAGAGCUCCUCCUACAUGUGGUUUCCUGUCAAACCUAAAUUAGAGAAGAGGACAUAUUACCUUUUUGGAAUAUUGUGUGGCCUGUCCUUAUUCAAUUUAAAUGUUACCAACCUUCCUUUCCCACUGGCUCUGUUUAAGAAACUUUUGGACCAAAAACCAUCACUGGAAGAUUUAAAAGAACUCAGUCCUCUUUUGGGAAAGAAUUUGCAAGAAGUUCUAAAUGACAAAGCUGAUGACAUUGGAGAAGAACUUUACCUACAUUUUCAUAAUAAGUUACAGUCCCUACAUCAGGAAAUUCAUCAGAGAAUGGGAAAAACAGAAAGACCCUGCAGACAUAAUUUCCAGAAAAUGAAGAACAACUAUGUGUCUAAGUAUGUUGAUUACAUCUUCAACACUUCCAUAAAGGAAAUCUAUGAGGAAUUUCAGACAGGAUUUUACAAAAUCUGUGAAAAGGACAUAAUUGAAGUCUUCCAGCCUGAAGAACUAAUGUCAGCAAUGAUUGGACAUGUAGAUUAUGACUGGGAAGAAUUUGAAAAGAAUGCAAAAUAUGAGCAAGGAUACCACAAAUCACAUCCUACUAUUCUGAUGUUCUGGAAGGCUUUCCACAAAUUAACUUUGGAUGAAAAGAGAAAAUUCCUCUUUUUUCUUACAGGAAGUGACAGGCUGCAUUUAAAAUGCUUACAGAAAAAUGAAAUAGUAUUUCGCUGUCCAGAAACUUUCAGUGAAAAUGAUUAUCCAAGAUCAUUGACGUGUCAUAAAAUCCUGGACCUCCCCAAAUAUUCUACAAUGGAAAGAAUGGAGGAAGCACUUCAAGUGAUCACCAAUAAUUGCAGAGGAUUUGGCGCAACCAGGAUCAGAUUCCAAUAA